AUGUCGGCGGCCGUGGCGUGCGCAGAGAGGGCGACGAGCGACAUGCUGAUCGGGCCCGACUGGGCCGUCAACAUCGAGCUCUGCGACAUCAUCAACAUGGAUCCCGGACAAGCAAAGGAUGCGCUUAAGCUCCUAAAGAAGCGCCUUGGGAAUAAGAAUUCAAAAGUGCAAAUUCUGGCCCUUUAUGUGCUAGAGACUCUAAGCAAAAAUUGCGGGGAUAUUGUUUACCAACAAAUCAUUGAGCGUGAUAUACUAAGUGAAAUGGUUAAGAUAGUAAAGAAAAAGGUGGCGAUACUAAUUGAAUGGUUAACUAUUGUUUUCCUAGAUUCAAGUCCCUCCGUUUUGAUCCUAUAUUUAUCUUUACAGCCAGACUUAAACGUUCGGGAGAAAAUAUUGAGUCUGAUUGACACAUGGCAAGUGGCUUUUGGAGGUCCUUCCGGGAGAUAUCCCCAGUACCACACUGCGUACCAAGAACUCAGGGCAGCUGGUGUCGAUUUUCCGCCUCGCGAGGAGAAUACAGUUCCACUGUUUACACCUCCUCAGACUCAACCUUUGAGGCAGCCACAUCUAUAUCCUCCAGGUCAAAGCUAUGAAGAUGUAGCUAUACAAGCUUCUCUCCAAUCUAGUACCCCUGCUGCACCUCCCCUGAGUCUAAGCGAGAUCCAGAGUGCUCGAGGAAUUGUGGAUGUGCUGGAUGAGAUGUUAAAUGCACUUGACCACAGACACCCAGAGGGUGUGAGGGAGGAGGUCAUUGUUGACCUUGUUGGGCAGUGUCGUUCUUAUCAUGCUCGUGUGAUGGAUCUUGUUAGCGAUACUGGUGAUGAGAGCCUUCUGUUUCAGGCUCUAGGACUAAAUGAUGAGUUGCAGCGUGUUCUUCAGCGUUAUGAUGACAUAGCAAAAGGAGUCCCUCCAAAUAUACCAGUGCCUGUUGCUGGUAACAUAAACCAAGGGACAGCCCCUCCUCGGCCUGCUGGUGCUUCAUUUGCCCCCCUUCUUAAUGUACACCAUGAGGACGAUGAACCAGAAGAUGAGUUCUCCGUGCUUUCCCGCAGGUCUGCAAGGGAUGGCGCAGCAGCACAGGGCAACAUGUCUUCUGUUCCAAGAAAUGAAAGGCCAUACCCAAGCCCACUUCUUCCUCCACCACCAUCGACAAAAAGGCCUGUUUACACAGAGGCAAGCAGUGUCGACUAUCUAAGUGGGGACUCCUAUAAGUCUGAAAAAGUACCAGAUGAUUUUGUCAACCCAACGGCCCCAGCCAAUAUGUCUGCACCAUCUCAUUCAAAAACAGAAACAGAUCAAGUGCCAAAUUAUGAUAGCAGGUCAGAAAAUGUGCCUGAUGAAUUCAUAAACCCAACUGCAGCACCCAGUUUUUCCAUGCCUUCUCGCCCUAUGAGUGAGCCAUCUGUGAAUAAGCUUGAGAGCCUUCCUGACGAUGACUUUAUAAACCCCACUGCGCUGCCUGGUUUUUCUUCAUCGUCAACUAGUGAAGAUCUUCCAAAAGCUCCAUGGGAAGCGCAAGCUCCAGUUUCCCUACCGCCUCCUCCUGCAAGGUAUGGCCAAAGACAGCAGUUCUUUGAGCAACAACAUGGCUUUCCUGGUGAGAACAAUGAAGGGGGCUACGAUGAGAUGCUGACGCGGACAGGAAGCCUUUCUCUUAAUCAAAGGAACACUGAGAAUGGGAAGAGCGCAUCAGUGUCGACCGCAUCCCGCCAGCCCAAACCUGAGGAUGCCCUUUUCAAGGAUCUUGUUGAUUUUGCCAAGAAGAAUCCAUCUUCUCCAUCUAAACCAGCCAACAGCCGCAGGACUCGCUGA